CAGCACACUGUGUCAGGGUGGAGGGAGCCUGGCCGGACCCAGUGCCCGGCUGGAGGGGGCAACCCUGGAGGAUUCUGGAGGCAGUGGGGCUUAAGGAUCCUGGCACAUAUGUCCUGGGCCCCUCAGCUCCUCCAACGUGUCCUAGGCCUCGGAUGCUGGCAGCACCGCACCUCUGGACAAAGAGAAUUCCAACCCAGUCUCCUCUGGUUUCUAGUUCCCUUGGGCUCUGGAUACUUCCUCUGAGCCUGGAGCCUUGAGCCCCAUGCUCUCUGCCCCCAGGGACAUCCCCUCGGCCCAGAGAAGAGAGUGAUCAGGUGAGCACCAGUUCCACUGAGGGGCCAUCAUCCUCUGGGUCCAUGUGCCCUCCGGGGGACCCUGUGAAGCUGGGCCGCACCAUGAUGGAGAAGCUAGAACCUGUGCCUGCCCUACCCUGCUCAGCUCCCUCUCCAACAACCAGCAGUCUCUCCCCUGUGUCCGAGCCUGAGCCAGGCACCCCGCAGGAUGGGGACGAUGGGCACCCUGCCUCAUCCCCAACAUCCCCCAAGCUGCCUUCCCACAUACCCGUCAUCAGCCUGGGCCACAGCAAGCCUCCAGCCGUGGCUACCACUGAACUCACCACACCUCCCCCACUGCCCACACUAGUCCCGCUCUCUGCCCUGACAGCUGGCCCGCCCCCACUGGCCUUGGGUGGCCUGCUCCCGACACACUACCACCCACACCCCUUUCUAAGCAGUGUCUACAUCGGCACCACUGGCUCCUUCAGCAUCUUCCCCAGCAGCCGACUGAAGCGGAGGCCCAGCCAUUGUGAGCCUGACCUCAAUGAAGGGCACCAACCCCUGAAGGUGGCUCGCCGAGUGUUCACCAACAGCCGGGAACGCUGGCGGCAGCAGAACGUGAACGGAGCCUUCGCGGAGCUGCGCAAGCUGCUGCCCACGCACCCGCCCGAUAGGAAGCUGAGCAAAAACGAGGUGCUCCGUCUCGCCCUCAAGUACAUUGGCUUCCUGGGCCGCCUGCUGCGGGACCAAGCGGCCGCCCUGAGCCCCGGCCCGGGCCCGGUCCCGGCCGUAGCUGGGGUGGCUCCGCGCAAGCGGGAGCGCAGUGGUGCGGGAACGAGCGUAGGCGAGGGAACGCGCCGAGUGCCAGGGCGCAGGGCUGAGGCCGUGCGCUCCCCUCCAGCGCCCCCGCCCCCACCUGCUUCCCCCCACCCAGAGGGAGCUGAGCAGCCCAUCAAGAGCGAGAGCUCGCUGAGGGACAGGACGACCGUGGGGUGCGAGGCUCGGUGACCCUCGCAGGAAGGGAUGGGAGGAAUACUACAAGUGGCAUCUGAGCGGACCCCAAGAAGGACAUCGCCUCCGAGGAGAAAAGGGAGAACAGACCUUUCCCGGAUUGUCCUGAAUAUCACAAUCCCCUCCCUUCCCCCGUCAAUCCCCUGGGUCAAAUGGAUCCACCGGGAAAGAGGGAUGGAGAUGGGCAGGGGUCGUCGGUGGGGAGAAAUGGGUGCCUUGGCUGCUGGCGGGGGCAGGGAACUGGUCUAGGCUGGCCGCCCAGGUACAUGGUCGGGGAAGAUGGGCGAAAGGCCAUCCAGUGUCUCCAGAGAUCGGGGUAUGACGUUAUCUCUCACCCCCUUGGCACUCUUAAGUCCUCCCCACCACAGCCUACUUUAAUCUGUUUUGCAGUCAGCCCAGCUCAACCACCUAAAUGUCCUCCUCCCGGGAGCACGUUUCUUUGGAGGUUGGGAUCCUACACCAAGAACAAAGCAGACAGCAUGAAAAUAGUGCCUCAUUAUUCCCGCCGGGCCGAUGCCUUGGGGAAAGGGCAGGGGGUGGAAUAAAAAUUAAAAAUAACAGUGCUGGAGCAUCUAGUUCAACGUUCCCAUUUUAGAGACCAGAGAGGCAGGCAGCCUAAUGGAAGGGUAGAGAGCCGGGAAGACCCAAGUUCAAGGUCUGACCGCCUCAGGCAUACCUUGGCCAGAAAAGCCAAGUCAUUUAACCUCUGGGUUCUUUGGGCAACUGUCAUUUACAAAGAAGGUGCCGACCUGCACGCAUAGAAGCAAGUUUCUACACCACGAAAACUCUUGUUCGGGUCCUAUCCCAUCCGAUAACAAAGAGAAUUCCGUUACGGAGGCUUCUGAGACUGUAGUCCAUGGGGUGGGCGAGAUCGUAAGUGGCUUCUGUCUUGGGCUCCAAGUGGGGGUGGGGGAGGAACUCCAAACUAGGAGUGGGGAAUAAACCUCACCCGACAGUUUCUUCCUCCGACCCAGGGGUUUCUCGACCCAAUAGACGGCAGUCCCUUUUCUGAGUCCUCCCAAUCCCUUUCUUGGUUGUUCGAGAAAUCAUUUUAGUCUUAGGGACUUUGCCCCAGUAAUUCUGGAGAAAGUGGGCGUUACCCUCCCCUUGGGAUCAGUUUUGGGGACUCUUAAACGUGGGAAGUAGGGUCUCCGGCUCCCCUUGGAGAAUGGAGGGACCCAAGGGCCAGGAAAGAGCCCCAGAGCGAAUUGCCCAGAACUCCGGCCACCAAAGCGAGCUCUCUUUUUAGGAGAGAAGAGGGAGUGGGAGAACCCCCAAUUCCCGAUGGAUUCAACCCACCCUGCCUUCACCGCCCCCACCCUCCGUCCGCUCUCGCGAAGGUUCAAGAUCUCUUCGUCUUUGUUUUUCUUUAUUUCUUUAUUUCACAUACACAUUAGCCAUUCAAUGGAGAAGCUGGAGAGAGUCAGGCAAAGAUGGUGUAACAGAAGCGCAGUGACAGGGGCCGGGGCGGGAGAAGGGGCAGGGGAAGGGAAGGGGAACAUACGGGCUGGCUGCCUACCUGCAUUCCGCUAGGACACUGAAAACCCAGAAAACAAAACAGACAGUAAACUACCCUUGUUUCUUAUGUAUCUCAGUGCGGAGAUGGGGAAGGGAAGGGAGGGGGACCAGGCUGAAGGAGGAGCAAAAGGGACAGGGGGAUGCUAAGGGGAAGCACACCAAAUCCAUUAGUACUAUAUAGAGAUACUCAUAUAUACUGCGUUUCUUAGCCUAAGAAGAAACUUGUUUGACGGGACGGGCGGCUUUGCUGUCCGCGAUGCUGGUGCUGUCCGGGCGCAUGGAUCUCCAGGGAAGGGGGGCGUGAAAGGAAAGGGGUAAAGGGCUAUAUAGUGCGGCUGGCCCAGGCUGGCGUGGGGAGUGGUGUCCGGGGGAGCGCCCCGGGGAUGGGCAGGGCUGGAGGCCCUUGGAUUCUCCAUUGGGGGAGGGGGACAAAGUCCUCUUGACUUUAUUGCUCCUUUUUUUGUGUGAUUUUGUUAGUGUUGUUCGGAGUCGGGCGAAGGGUCUGGAUUGGGAAUUUGGGGAUGGGAGUAGGGAUUCAUCUGAUCAUCUGGUCCACUCUGCCCCUUUGGGAGCUAGAGCGCGGCGUCCGCUCCACCAGCACGGGGGAGGGGGGGUGGGAGUGAGGAGAAGGCACUAGGUUGGCCGGCCAGCGCGGGUGGGGGGGGGGGGGUGUAAGGCAAGUCGAUUGGGUUGUGUUGCGUGUGUGUGUGUGUGUGAGUGAGUGUGUUUUAUGUGUCUGUGGGUGUGAUGGGGUUGGAGGGGCCGGUGUUAUUUGAGUUAGCAGGUUUGGUCCUUCCCUGAAGCGUCAAACCCUUUCCACAGCCUCCGGCGGGCGCUCUGUGCGGCCGGUCUGCCAGGGGUGCUGAGUGGGGCGGGGGUCAGAGGAGGGCGCCGGGGAAGGGAAGGGAAGAGGAAACUAACCAACUUGCAGAGCGCUCCCUGGACAAUGCUGGUGUGGGGCAAGUUGGCGUCUGGCUCAAAGAAAGGCGCUCGAGGGGGUGGCGUCGGUGACUGGACACUGACCUCUGCAGGGGAUGGGGACAGGGGAGGGGCCUCUGUGUCCGGAUAGGGGAACGUGGGUGGCCCCUGGCCAGGGGCCCCCAGGAGAUCCGCGCCAGCCCGGGGCAGCCUCGCCCAGCCGCCGAGCGCAAACCGCUGUCCCGUGCGUUAACAUAACAAAGGGCUAUGCGUGGUUCCUAACGUGCGGUAUGAUACUUAACUGGUUCAUAAACUGACGUAUAAUAGAGUUGGGUGGUUUUUUUUAAAUGUACUUUAUAAUGUACAAAGCACCAGGAUUUUUUUAUUUUUUUUAUUUUUAACUUUUUUCUUUUUAAAAAUUUUCCUCUCGUCCUUUUCCUCUCUGAUUCUGUGGUGUUUAAAUGUGGUUUAAAUGUGGAAAUCCUUCCUUCAGCCCUCCCACCGACCCCGAGAACAGACGGCGACGCAGGGCAAGCCCCGGAUCGGCCUCGUCCACGCAGGCAAACGGCUUCAAGAAAGAAAAAAGAAACAACCGAAAACGAACGAACGAACGAAAAAAAAAAGAAACGAAAAAAAACAAACAAACGGAAAACCCACUUGGGCAUCGGUGCCCGCACGCGGCGGGCGGCCCGCUUCUUUAGUGUCCCCAGAGCCGCGAGGACAUUGCAACAAAAAUAGACUUUUUUCUUCUUCUUAACAAUCUCUAACAUACAAAGAUAGGAAAACUCUCCAAUGCAUUGCACUUGGUUCAAUGAAAAAAAAAGUUCAUUCCCCCGUAUAUAUAUUUUUGUUUUUUUUAAA